AUCAUAUCAACGCACAUCACGAACCUGCGUUCCACCCUUCACCGCCGCCAUGGAGGACACUACUAUGCUAGACGCCUCACAGGCUCUGUUCCAAGAUCUCACAUUUACCAUCGUUCCUACGUCCCUUUCCGAAGAGCGCAUCCGCACGUUGACUGAUGACAUUACCACAAAUGGCGGCGCCGUCCUACCAUUUGACAGCUCCGUCGGGCGCAUUGACAGGCUUGAAGAGGUUACCUACAUUAUUUCGGCGACCUCAGACUUCCCGGACUACCAUCGCGCGUUGGACCUGAUGAUACACGUCGUGAAGCCGGCAUGGGUGGACGGAUGCUUGAAGACCAACAAGAUCAAGAACCCUCGGGCAUACAGCCCGGAUCCUGCGCUGUUCAUGAGCGACGUGGUAGUGUGUUGUGGGGACAUACCGCCUGGGGACCAAGAUGCUAUUGCGGGUGGCGUGUUUGCUACUGGAGGGCAGUUCACCGCUACCCUAUCGAAGCUCACCACACAUCUUAUCGCGCUCAAUAUGGACGAUGAGAGGUGUCAGCUCGCCGUGAACAAGAGGCUGCGCUGCCAAAUUGUGUUACCCCACUGGUUCGACGAUUGCCUCAAGGUUGGUCGAAGGAUAAACGAGCGACCAUAUACCCUCCCUGAUCCAGAGAUCCUCAACAUAGAAGCCGGCCCGAUACCCGCAACCAAGACCAGCCCGCAGAUUCGUGAAGCUACAAACCCAGAUCCAAACGAUGCAUUCCCUCCGACACCGCCUGCACACUUAGAGAGCCCUCGAGCAAUCAGAGCAUUUGACAGCAAGAAGGUCAUGCUUGGAGAGGAUCUCAACCUGAACGAACACCUCAAAGGCGUCAUUACCGGUCUGAUCAAAGCCGGCGGUGGGCAGAUCACAACAAGCAUAGAGGAAGCGCACAUCUACGUAUGCAACUACCGGGAUGGUGAAGAUUAUGUCAAGGCAUCGCAAGCGAAUAAGGAUGUGGGCAAUCUCAGCUGGCUCUACUUCCUCAUCACCCACGACACCUGGACGAACCCAAUGCGCCGCAUGAUGCAUUAUCCCCGACCUCGCGACGGUAUUGCCGGCUUUCAGGAUUACAAGAUCAGUAUCUCCAGCUACACGGGGGAAGCGCGCGUCUACCUCGAGAACCUGGUCAAAGCUUGCGGCGCAGAGUUCACCAAGACCUUCAAGCAGGACAACACGCAUCUCAUUACAGCGCACAAAAACAGCGAGAAAUGCGAGGCAGCCGAGGAAUGGGGCGUCGAUGUCGUCAACCAUCUUUGGCUCGAAGAAAGCUAUGCGAAAUGCAAAAAGCAGAAAAUGACCGAUCCCCGAUAUACCUACUUCCCUCCUCGAACGAACAUGGGGGAGAUCCUAGGCUCUACGGAAAUUGACCGAGAUGCGGUUGAGAAAAUGUUCUUCUCGAAGACCCGCAAGCCAAAGGCUGUGAAAGCCCCAGCGCAACCCGGUGGAGUGCCUGCACCAAGUAUUCCAAUGGGUAGGAUGAACAGCGAUCGGGGCGCUCACACCUCGCCUUUAGCAGAGAAGACCUCUAGGCGAACGAAGACCACGGGUGAUGUGGUAACGCCAGCGCCCGCCCGACAUUUCGGCGGCAAGGAAAACGAGACGCCUGGUACAGCGGGUAGCCGGGGAGCAAAAGAUCGAGCUAAUGCGAGGCUACACGAGUCUGCACCAGAUAUCGCUCAAUUUGAGAAAGAAAUGAAGCGCAAGGGAGGCGUGAUCCACGGCGGCCGCCGGAACAAGGUAGAUGAGGGCUCUGACAAGUCCAAGAGGAAGGGAGGCCGGGAUUCUACAUCAAGCAAACGCUCGAUUGAGGAAGUCGACGGCGACGACGCGACAACUGAAGAUGAACUCACAGAAGAACCCGGCAAGAAGAACAAGAAGGCCCGGAAGGACAAGCUCACGCCCAUCAAAUACCGCAUGCUUCUCUCCAAGGACGAGCGCUGGGCUAACGACCCGGACAAGGAGUCAAAGGACAAGGCACGCAUGCGUGAACUAGGCCUCUUCAUCACCGACGACUUCAGGAAAGUAGACCUCCUUUGUGCGCCCAAAGUCGUCCGCACCAAGAAGUUCGUCGCAGCGCUUGCUUGCGCUCCUACGCUCGUCUCUAGCGCCUUCCUCGACUAUGCGCUUAAGAACAAUAAGCUGCCGCCGCCGGAGAAACAUCCCAUUGAUGAUAGGGAGUUCAGUAAGACGCAUGGUUUCAGGCUCAGAGACGCCGUCGAGCGUGCAGAACAGAAUAAGCACCGCCUUCUGAAGGACUGGACUAUCUUUUGCACGGAAAAAGUAUCUGGUGGCUUUGACACGUACAACGACAUCAUCACCGCGAACGGCGGGCGCUGCCAAAGAUGGCAGGGUCGCACCACGAACGUCACCGCUUCGAAGCGCAAGAUCGAUACCCAACCCCAGGAGGUCUCGCAGAACCAGGAAGAGGACGAGGGUGACGUGCUGUACCUCAUCUCCGAACCGAACAAGAGCGAGUUCAAACUGUGGGAGAAGUUCAGGGAGCUGGCGAAGAAGCAUGAUAUGAUUCCGCGGAUUGUCAAGACGGAGUGGCUGCUGUUUGUCGCGAUGGCACAGUAUGUGCAUUGGGAUGAGGAGUGGGAGUUGAACGAGGAGGUUGUUAAUGCUAUGGGCAAAUGAUUCCCUUAUUCAUCGCUCAUGCGGCGAGCUGACGAUGACGGCCGGCUAGAGUUCUAGGCGUUCGGGCACGGGAAUCGCAUUCCGGACUGCGUUUCGGCGAUAUUUUGGAGAGAGGGGAUCUCACGACGCUUGAUGUGGGCGAGGAGAGUGGAGAUAUUAAUCUGAUUUGCAUUGAUAUGCAUGGGUAUCUUCGAUGAGCCGGUUUCGGCUUCUUUCAUUCCAGCUGCCAUAGCUUCCU